AUGGGUGGAUGUACGGCGGUAAACUGUACGAAUUCCCGUAGGAAAGGUAUUCGUUUAUUUCGUUUUCCUAAAGAUGAAACUAGAAGAAAAAUUUGGCUUCAAAAUUGUCGCCGGGACAAAUGGGUACCUACAAAUUCGUCAGGGUUGUGUGAAAUUCAUUUUGAGGAAAGUCAAUUUGAACAGCAUCGUCAAGGUGGCAUAAAAAAACUAAAAUCAAAUGCAAUUCCGACAUUAUUUAAUGUACCAAACCCACCUCGAUUAUUAGAAACGAAAAGAAAAUCGCUCUAUAAGACUAUUACAGACUGUAGUGGUCAAGUUGGCAGUGAAAAUGCAAUUGAUACAUCUCAGAAUGAAAGCAUUUUGUCACGGCAUAAAAUAAUUUUGGGAAGUAAUGAUGUGACUACCGUUGCCACAAAUUCUGCCAUUAAUAUUGCUUGCUUAAAAGAAACAUUGUCAACAUAUUCUAUAGAAAAAGAACUUGAAAAAACAAGAGCCGAACUGAAACGUAUUCAAGACGAAAAUGAUAAUAUGAAAACAUUUAUUCAAGAAAUGUCAAAAAUUGAAGAAGAAAAAAGAUUAACUCAACUGGAGAUCGAAUGCUUGAAGAAAGAAGUUCAGAAGAGUAAUGAAUUGUUACAUAAAUUCCUUAAUGAUGAUCAAAUAUCGGCCUUAAGUACACCCACUCGGCAGUGGGCUAAUGACACUAUUUACGCUGACAAGGAGGCUACGUCAAUUUAA